CUUUCUCUCUCUUACUAGAAAAGACUAAUUCUACCUUGAGCAAAUCAUUGUAUUUUGAUUCUGGAAUUCUUUGAGGGAACGAGAAAAUUGUACAAGAGAGAUUCAUGGCUGAUAGUUGUUGUAUCAGACUUCUUCACUUAGCCUUUGUUUUCUUGCUUUUAAUUUCAUCCUUCAACUUGCAGGGUACUGCAGCAGGAAAUCUUUCCAAGCAGAAACUGACCUCACUGAUUCUUCAGAAUGAGAUUGUAAAGGAAGUCAAUGAGAAUCCAAACGCUGGAUGGAAAGCUUCUUUGAAUGAUCGGUUUGCAAACGCCACCGUUGCAGAGUUUAAGCGUCUUCUUGGUGUUAAACCAACACCAAAGACGGCAUACUUAGGUGUACCUAUUGGUCAUUGUGGUUCUUGCUGGGCAUUUGGUGCUGUUGAAUCACUGUCCGACAGAUUUUGCAUCAAAUAUAACUUGAAUGUUUCUUUAUCUGCCAAUGAUGUUGUAGCAUGUUGUGGAUUACUUUGCGGUCUAGGUUGUAAUGGUGGAUUCCCAAUGGGUGCAUGGCUGUACUUUAAGUACCACGGUGUAGUAACCGAAGAGUGUGAUCCAUACUUUGACAAUACUGGUUGCUCUCACCCGGGAUGUGAACCCGGUUACCCUACACCAAAAUGUGUGAGGAAAUGUGUUAGCGAAAACCAGCUAUGGGGUGAAUCAAAACACUAUGGUGUCAGCGCAUACAGAAUCAAUCAUGACCCUCAAGACAUUAUGGCAGAGGUUUACAAGAACGGACCUGUCGAGGUUGCUUUUACCGUUUACGAGGACUUUGCACAUUACAAAUCAGGAGUGUACAAGCACAUAACGGGUACUAAGAUUGGAGGUCAUGCUGUUAAGCUUAUUGGCUGGGGAACUUCUGAUGACGGCGAAGAUUAUUGGUUGCUUGCAAAUCAAUGGAACCGAAGCUGGGGUGAUGAUGGUUACUUCAAGAUCAGGAGAGGAACGAACGAAUGUGGCAUUGAACACGGUGUUGUAGCCGGUUUACCUUCAGACAGGAACGGUAUUGCAGCAGAAAAUCUUUCCAAGCAGAAACUGACCUCAUGGAUUCUUCAGAAUGAGAUUGUCAAGGAAGUCAACGACAAUCCAAACGCUGGAUGGAAAGCUGCUUUCAAUGAUCGGUUUGCAAACGCCACUGUUGCAGAGUUUAAGCGCCUCCUUGGUGUUAAACCAACACCAAAGACGGAAUUUUUGGGUGUACCUAUUGUGAGUCAUGAUAUAUCUUUGAAGCUUCCAAAAGAAUUUGAUGCUAGAACCGCUUGGUCACAGUGCACCAGUAUUGGAAGGAUCUUAGAUCAGGGUCAUUGUGGUUCUUGCUGGGCCUUUGGUGCUGUUGAAUCAUUGUCUGACAGAUUCUGCAUCAAAUAUAACAUGAAUAUUUCUUUAUCUGUCAAUGAUCUCUUAGCAUGUUGUGGAUUCCUUUGCGGUCAAGGUUGUAAUGGUGGAUACCCAAUUGCUGCGUGGCGGUACUUUAAGCACCACGGUGUAGUAACUGAAGAGUGUGAUCCAUACUUUGACAAUACUGGCUGCUCUCACCCGGGAUGUGAACCCGCUUACCCUACACCAAAAUGUGCGAGGAAAUGUGUUAGCGGAAACCAGCUUUGGCGUGAAUCGAAACAUUAUGGUGUUAGUGCGUACAAGGUCAGAUCUCACCCUGAUGACAUUAUGGCAGAAGUUUACAAAAAUGGACCUGUUGAGGUUGCCUUUACCGUUUACGAGGACUUUGCACAUUACAAAUCUGGAGUGUACAAGCACAUAACAGGUACUAACAUUGGAGGUCAUGCUGUUAAGCUUAUUGGCUGGGGAACUUCUGAUGACGGUGAAGAUUAUUGGUUGCUUGCAAAUCAAUGGAACCGAAGCUGGGGUGAUGAUGGUUACUUCAAGAUCAGGAGAGGAACAAACGAAUGUGGCAUUGAACAUGGUGUUGUAGCUGGUUUGCCUUCAGACAGGAACGUAUUUAAAGGUAUUACUACUUCAGAUGAUCUUCUUGUUUCCUCAUUUUAAACAGGAAGAUGUGUCUCUGCUCUGUAAUACAUAAUUUGCCACUGUGUUGUUGUUUCCAAAUUCCAAUGAAAUAAUUAAACGACUUUCAACCCAAAAAGAAGUCUAUUGUACAUAGCGUUUAGCUUUUUUUCGUAUUCAAUAUAAUGUGUUGUUGUUU